AUGCGUCGAGCUGUAUUUCAAACUCUGCAUGAAUUCUCCCACCCUGGGAUCCGAGCCUCUCAAAAGCUCCUCGCGGAAAGGUUUGUCUGGCCUGGCAUGAACAAGGACGUCAAAGCUUGGGCCCGGUCGUGUCUGAGCUGCCAUCGCAACAAGGUGCAGCGUCACAACAAGUCCCCACCAGGCACUUUCCCCAGUCCCGACGCACGGUUCAGCCAUGUGCACCUGGAUGUCGUAGGCCCCUUGCCUCCAUCCAAUGGUUUCACCUACCUCCUUACCUGUGUCGAUCGAUAUACUCGCUGGGCUGAAGCUAUUCAUUUGCCGAAUGUUCAGGCUGAAACCAUCGUGAAGGCCUUCGUCAGUCGUUGGGUCGCCAUGUUCGGUGCCCCAUCCACGGUUACGACUGAUCGUGGUGCCCAGUUUGAGUCGGCUCUUUUCCAAACGCUACUCAAUUUCCUUGGCUGCACACGCAUUCGGACGACAGCCUACCACCCCGCUGCCAACGGUAUGGUGGAACGUUUCCAUCGCCAGCUAAAGACCGCCCUGCGUGCCGUAGAAGACCCAGGAAACUGGUCGGACAACCUUCCUCUUGCACUCCUCGGCAUCCGCGCAGCUCUGAAGUCGGAUCUGGGCUGUAGCGUAGCCGAAUUGGUUUUCGGCACUACCCUCCGACUUCCAGUCGAGAUGAUCACCCCAACCUCUCGUGGAGCCGACGAGACUCCUGACAAUCUUGUGCAUCGUUUGGGACAAUUUAUGCGCUCGCUUUCCCCGGUUCCACCUCGAGCUCCAAUGACUGAGUCUUAUGUCGAAAAAGACUUGGACAAAUGUACUCAUGUGUUCGUCCGGUGUGACCGUGUGCGCCAGCCGCUGGAAUCACCAUAUGAAGGACCGUUCUGCGUGCUCGCGCGCAACACCAAGACCUUCCGAAUUCUUCGCAAUGACAAGGAGGACGUGGUCAGUGUCGAUCGGGUCAAGGCUGCUGUUGCGGAGGAGCCGCCGGACCUGUCACAAGGACAAACAUGUGCUGACCCCCUAACCCCUGUUCCUCUAUCUUCCCUAUCCCCUAUUCGUUCACCCUGCCCACUGCCUUGCCCUUCCCCUCCCUUGCCCUCUACCCCUCCGUCCCGCAUACUUCCUCUCCCUACAUGUCAACAGCAUCCAACUGCAACACCAUCGUCCACCACAGCACGCAGUCAACCCUCUUCGACUGUACCUCCUGCAUACAUAACUCGCAGUGGCCGUCACGUUCAUUUUCCCGAUCGUUUAGUUACCCAUUUUUUCUAG